AUGUUCCAACAGCACAAGAAGCCAUCAAGUAUGAAUUCCCAUGAGAGCCACAGACCUAUGUGCGUCCAAGGGGACUCUGGCCUUGUUCUCACCACUGACCCUAAGCCUCGUCUCCGGUGGACUGUCGAGCUUCAUGAACGAUUCGUCGAUGCUGUGACUCAACUCGGAGGACCAGACAAGGCUACACCAAAGACUAUCAUGAGGGUCAUGGGUGUGAAGGGUCUCACACUUUACCACCUCAAGAGCCAUCUCCAGAAAUUUAGGCUCGGAAAGCAACCUCACAAGGAAUUCAAUGAUCACUCGAUUAAAGAUCAUGCAUCUUCACUUGAUCUUCAAAGAAGUAGUGCAUCUUCAUCUGGGAUAAUAGGCCGCAGUAUGAACGAGAUGCAAAUGGAGGUGCAGAGAAGACUGCAUGAACAAUUGGAGGUCCAAAAACAUCUUCAGUUGAGAAUAGAAGCUCAAGGGAAGUACAUGCAAAGCAUAUUAGAGAAAGCCUGCCAAACCCUCGCUGGUGAAAACAACAUGACAGCUGCUGCAGCUGGAAGCUACAAGGGUAAUAUUGGAAACAAUCAAGGUGUUAAUCAUGCUGACAUGGGAAACCUGAAAGAUUUCAAUUCUCCUCUCAACUUUCCAUCAUUUCAAGACCUGAACAUAUACGGAUCUGGUGAUCACCUUGAUCAACUUCAACAGAACAGCUUGGACAGGCCACCUCUUGAUCAUCACAGUUUUAUGCCAAACAAUGAUAACAUCAAUUGCAUGGGAUCGAAGAAGAGGCCAAGUCCUUAUAACAGUGGUAACAGUAGUGGCAAGAGCCCUUUGAUAUGGUCUGAUGAUUUAAGACUUCAAGACCUUGGAACAGCGGCAUCAUGUCUUGGACCUCAGGAUGAUCACCAGAUUCAAAUUGCACCACCGUCCAUUGAAAGAGGCACUGAUCAGAUCGAUUCGAUUUCAGAUAUUUACGAAUCGAAGCCGAUGAUUCAAGGAGACGAGAAGAAGUUUGAAGCCGGAAAUAAGCUGGAGAGGCCUUCACCACGGAGAUCAGCACCAAUGGGAUCAGAAAGGAUGAACCCCAUGAUCAACGCGGGUGUUAGACAAGGAAGAAAUUCGCCAUUCGGGUGAGCUCGAUAUUAACUAAGCUUUGAAGUGUGCUGAAAACGAUCUAGGGUUUUGGUCAUGAAGGUUAGCUGGUCAUCACAUUAGUGUUCUACUUGAGUAUGAUAAAAAUGCCACUGCUGGCAAACUUAUUAAGUUACAUUGUUAAUUUUUAUCGGUACAUCUGUAACUUAGUGUGAUCCUUAAUUGUAACUUCUUGAUACUUAAACUCCCACAUUCCCAUGCAUUUCAUGGAAAAUUGAUCUUGCAUUAUUACAUGAAUAAAAUUUUACAUGGCUUGUCAUU